AUGGCCACCUCCAUGAGGCCCCAGACGCCUUCGCAGGACGUCCACUCGCCCGUUCCCAAUGCCUCCGGUCAGAGCAAUCUCCACCGCAGCCACACCUCCAGCUCUCGGCCAAAUUCCUUCGUCGCAUCCAAUUCGAUCCAACCCACCGAAUUCCAGGUACGAACGGGUAUUAGCGAAUCCUCCUCCGCCCCCCACCAGUCUCGAUUCCACGAAGAGCUAAGCCAGCGCAGCUCGUCCUUGAUAGAUGGUCAUAACAUCGGUGAUGUGUCGCAGAACGAUUCCCACCCGUUACUCUCGCAGCAAGCAGCCCCGCAUCGUUCCGGAACGCUGAAAAAGAAGCCGUCGUUGGGCAAGAAGGGAAGUUUGAGGCGGGGCGGAAGUAAGCGGAGCAGCCGCGCAGGCAGCGUGAGGAGUCUGAGGCUGGGCGAAAAGGAGAAAUACGACGUGGGAGAAAACGAGAUGAAUAGCGCUUUCUACGUUCCCAUCCCAACAAAGGGAGCUCCGACGGAGAUCCUUGCCACCAGGUUUCAAGCAUGGCGCAAAGUGCUAAAGGACCUUAUCGCCGUCUUUCGAGACAUCCAGAGAUCUUAUGAGACGCGAGCUAAAAUUCUCCUUUCUGCCUCAAACUCGAUGGGCAAUAUCGCGAUGCCGAGCACCUUUUUACAGUCUGGUGGCAUUGCAGAUGCCGCCAUCAUACUCAAAACAUACCAUAAGCAGGCGCUUGCAGAAUGCAAUAAGGCCAAGGAAGUGGAAACAGAAAUUAUUGUCCAGUUGAAUAGCCUCAGAAACGACUUGCAGGCAAAAAUAAAGGAGAUCAAAGCCCUCGCAGGUGAUUUCAAGAAUUCCGUUGACAAAGAAAUGGAGGGCACGCGUAAGGCCGUGCGAAAUUUACAUGAGGCCCUUGGACUAGUUGACACCGAUCCUGCCGCUACAUCUGGAAAAGGUGAUCCAUUCAUCAUAAAAUUGGGGGUUGACAGGCAGCUUGAAAAGCAACUGUUGGAAGAGAAUUAUCUUCACAAAGCCUACCUUAAUCUCGAGAGCUCCGGUCGCGAACUUGAAGCUAUCGUUGUUGGCGAGAUACAGAAAGCAUACAGUGCUUAUGCAAGCAUUCUAAAACGCGACGCGGACUCCGCGUACGAUGCCGUCGAGCGAUUGCGAGACGGUCCUCUAUCAAUGCCAAAGGAUCGUGAAUGGAAAGCUUUUGUGUCGCAUAAUGAUCAUCUAAUCGACUCCAGCAUACCCAUGCGAAACAUACGCAACAUCACAUAUCCUGGGAGUGAUCAUCCGGCAGCGGUAGAAGUUCGGGCCGGGAUGUUGGAACGAAAGAGCAAAUAUUUGAAGAGCUAUACCCCGGGAUGGUAUGUCCUAUCGCCAACGCAUCUACACGAGUUCAAGUCUGCGGAUCGAAUUAGAUCUCAGAGUCCGGUUAUAUCGCUGUAUCUACCAGAACAAAAGCUUGGCUCUCAUUCUCAGCCCGACUCGUCGUCCCACAAGUUUAUGCUCAAGGGACGUCAAACCGGGUCGAUGCAUCGUGGGCAUGCUUGGGUAUUCCGGGCUGAAUCGCAUGAUACCAUGCUUGCCUGGUACGAAGAUAUUAAAAACCUAACCGAGAAAACCGGCGAGGCACGGAACGCAUUUGUUCGGAAACAUGUACGUACCCUCAGUGGCGCAAGUUACAGAGCUGCAUCUAUCAGCAGUGACGGCGUUCUAGAUGAGGAUGAAGCAGAUGAAACCCCGUAUUCUGCUGAACAUAUGUUACCUCCACGUGGAGCGUCCCUGGAUGAACCUCGGUGGCGUUCACCCCCUGGGGGACGAUUUCCAAGUGAAGUCCACUUGAAUAGAACACUGGAGGCCCCUGAGUCUCCGUCCAGCGAAACAAGCUCUCGUGGUCGAGAAGGACCUUUGGAUUCGACUUUUCGUGAAGCCGGGAUCCACUUCACCGGCCAACAACACCCACACCAACACACGCAUUCGCACUCGCACGAAACAGAGCUACCGGAUACAAUGCCAAUAAAUUCUCGCUCUGGCUCCGUUCGUUCCACGCUCUCUAAGAAACCAAACCGGAUCUACGACGAAUGGAUGACAACCCAUCGUCCCGUACCUCCGCAAACGCCCACACAUGAACAAACCAGCAUUCAUACCGACCAAAUAUACAGUCCGUCUCCUCAACUCUGCCGCACCGGAACACGCGUUCGCUCCAUCGCAUUGUCCACUGGUGCUCCCAUCGUCGUGCCCGGGGAUAGUUCCCACCCAACCCUACAUCCCGAACCGGAUACCUCAAUCUUAUCCACCCAGCCUACUGGCACAAAUACAACAGUUCCCAGUCUCACGACCGCAACAUCACUCGGCGUGCUUGGUAGUGAGAUAUCCGCCCAAAACACAUCUCAUCUACCGAACGGGGCAAGCGGCUUCGGGCCUCCUAUCGCGGAUCUGCACGAUGCGCAGAGCAACACCGUCAGCGAUGUCGACCGCUCGGCGAAACAGCGAAUGACGCCUGUGUCAAGCCGGACGGGGACGGUUAGCGAUUUGAAAGUACCAGGGCAAUAUCCCAUGGCAAGUAGCUAA